AUGCCGAAAUUCUUUUGCGACUACUGCGAUGUCUACCUGACACACGACUCGAUGAGCGUGCGCAAAGCUCACAACUCGGGCCGCAACCACCUCCGCAACGUCGUCGACUACUACCAACGUUUGUUCCCCCCCCCAACCCUCCCCGCUCGAGCGAGAGAACGUCGCAAGCAAGGCAAAAGUAGCAAAUCUGACACCUCGUCUGCAGAAAUUGGCCACGAAAAGGCCCAGUCAGUCAUUGACAGCAUCACGUCGUCGUACGCCGCCGAGGGCCAGGCCCACGCCAACCCCAUGCUCCCGCAGAAUCAACCCGGCGCCCACCACCACGGCGGCUUCCAGCACCACCCACCGCCGUUUCCUCCGUUUCCUGGCGGCGGCGCAGGAGCGGCCCUGCCGCCAUUCCCUGGCAUGCCGGGGGCGCCGCCCGGCGCGUUCCCCUCUGGACUUCCUCCGCCUCCUGGUGGUCGCGGUGCUCCUAUGCCGCCAUUCCCUCCCGGCGGCCCCAACGGCUUGCCGAUGCCUCCGCCCGGAGGACUCCCCUUUCCCCCACCGGGCGGGCUGCCGUUUCCUCCUCCCGGCGGGCUGCCGCCCAAUUUCCAGUUCCCGCCGCCUGGCUUCCCGAGCGGCGGACCUCCUCCACCUGGUCAGGAUCCUCGUCGAUGA